AUGGUGCUCAUCGCAGACGCUGCUAGCAUGGCCGCAAGCGCCUUUUUGCGUGCUGAUGACGAUGUUCUCUUCGAGAUACUAUCCCAUCUUACCGUCGGGACGGCCAAACCGGUUGGUAGCGAGGGUCUUCUUGCACUAGCCUUGACCAACAAACGCUUCACGCCAUUUGCAAUGAAUGUUAUCUGGAGGUCCCUUCCAGGCCACCGUCCACUUCUCGGUCUCCUGUAUACCUCAGGGAUUUCCCAACUACGCCACCUUGAAGACGCACACUCGUCCGACUCUGGGACCCGGUCUCUAUCGGGUUAUACUCACUACCACUACACAGUCACUCACCACCAGUCCUACGAUGCCCUCAGCGCUCAUCCCGGCUGGGAUCGGUUCCUCGUGUAUGCCCGAUACGUUCAAGAGGUCUCAUUCGGCGCUCUCGCGUCUUCGUCAAGUCCUUCCGUCUGGACCGAACUUGGCGCACUCACAAAGGGGCACUUGACAAUCCUUCCACGGCUUCAUCGCAUCACACUCCACUGCUCCGAGUGGGACCCCGCACCCUGCCGAGCGCCAUUCCGAUACGAGAACGGGCAACUUGCCCUGAUAUCAGCGACGGUACGGCACGCAACUAUCAAUCUCGAUCUUAGUAAAGGCCCUCUAUUCGACAAGCAACAUACGCCCUCCGCGCUUCGAUACGUUUCGGAUAUCAUCUCUUUCCGCUGUCCAGCACUGGAAAUUGUAGAAUUGAAGUCGAACUUUUGGCCGUUGCGGUUCGCCACCCUUCGCCACCUUCGUUCGCUCACGCUUCCGCAUACUGCAGUACUGUCCUUCGACGACCUGCGCAUGAUCAGCGCCCUUCCGUCCUUAGCGGAGCUCUCAUUUACGGCGAGCCUUAGACAGCGCGACUCCGGGAGCUCUCCCUUGAGCGACGUCUGUUUCCCAGUCGUCACGAAGUUGACAAUCGACGGUAUCAAGCCCAUCGUCGGGACCAUUCUGGCCGAGAUCCAAUUCCCUUCCCUCACCUCCCUCCACAUCGGCAUCAACGGCACCAAACCGCCUCGGCUCAUCCCCCAUGUCCACAACCUUGUCUCGGCUAUCGCUGGCUUAUUUCCUAAACUCAAGUCCCUCCACGUCCGCUUCUACCUCCAAUCCUCCGUCUUGCGCGACAACGACAUGCACCAGUAUGUCCUGGAGCGUCCAGAACGCACCCUCAGCACGCUCCUCGCCCCCUUCCUCCCCCUCAAGUGCCUCCGCUCGCUCUCGCUCACACUCCUCCUCCACGACAUCAGCUACUCCUCGCCGGACAUACUCGAAGCCGCGCUGGCCUGGCCCGCGCUCGAAGAGCUGCGCCUCACGUUCCGCGGGCGGUACAGCUCCCUGGCCCUGGGCACCGCGACACUCGACGUCCUCGCGCACGUCGCGCGCGCGUGCCCGCGCCUCCGCGUCCUGCACCUCCCCGAGACCACGCACGCGGUGGGCGCCCUACGCAGGGCGCGCGCGGACCUCCACGACGUGACGGCGCACGAUGCCCUGCAGGAACUCGUGCUCGGCACGGUCGUGGUCCGCGAGGGGUCGGCGCAGGGAGCGAAGGAGGAGAUACGGGAGUUCGUGGACGGGGUGUUUCCGUAUGCCGCACAUGCCUUUGAGAUGCCGACCAUGCAGCAGUAUAGAUGA